CACCAACUCUCUUUUUUAUCAGCCCCAUCUCUCUUGCUGUCUCAGUCUCUCUCCCUCUCUCUCUCUCUCUCUCACGUUGGAACUCUAAUAAGAGACGAGAAUCCCUCCCUGAAUCCGUCUCAGUUUCUAUUAUUAUUGAUCUGGGUUUUCUUUUCGUUUAAUUUUCUGCGUCAAAUCACUGAUCCAAACGAAGAAAUAAUGGCUACAGUUAAUGGGUACCAAGGCAACACACCCGUGGCAGCUCCGACAGGGACCCCAUCGAAGCAGACUGUGCCAACUGCGAAGACUGUUGAUACGCAAUCGGUGCUCAAACGGUUGCAAUCUGAAUUGAUGGCAUUGAUGAUGAGUGGAGAAUCUGGUAUAUCUGCCUUCCCUGAAGAGGACAACAUAUUUUGCUGGAAAGGAACAAUCAGUGGAAGUAAAGACACAGUUUUUGAAGGAACUGAAUACAAGCUCUCCUUUUCUUUCCCAAACGACUACCCCUUCAAGCCACCAAAGGUGAAGUUUGAAACCAGCUGCUUCCAUCCUAAUGUGGAUGUCUAUGGCAACAUUUGCUUGGACAUUCUUCAGGAUAAGUGGUCAUCCGCUUAUGAUGUUCGAACAAUACUCCUCUCUAUCCAGAGCUUACUUGGAGAACCCAAUAUAAGCUCGCCCCUAAACACUCAAGCUGCUCAACUUUGGAGCAAUCAAGAAGAAUAUAGGAAGAUGGUGGAGAAGUUGUACAAGCCUUCAAGUGCAUAAUUCUGCUGAGGAGCUCAAGUAGACAUUUCUUCCGUGUAGAAGGGAUGGGCGGGACAAUUUUAUUGUUUAACUUUUUCUUGCCCUGUUUUUUUCUUCUCUCAUAUGCGUUUUAUUCUCUUUGUAUUUCUAUAGUUGUUCUCCAUUCAAUGGCCUUGCCUGGAUUGAUCGAAUAUAACAUUGUUCAUCUCCUCUC